UCCCAGCGCGUCCCGUUCGGGGUCUCUAGCUGCCCUUUCUAGUUAAGUAGGUCGACCCCGAGUAAGCAGGCGUAUUUGUAGCGGGCUAGCUCCUGGGAGUUGGCUGUUUCCCCGCUGGAGUAGGUCCGGCUCCGGUCCGCCGCCUUCUCCCGACUGCUUCCCACCAGCCUGCGCGGUUACUUUGCGGACGGGAUAGCAAGCUCGCUCAACCACGGAGGUUGGCUCCAGCAUCUACUACUGUGGCCACCACUGACAAUUCAAGCAUCAUGUUUCCUGUAAUGCCAACUGUUCCUGUAAGCCUGGCUUCCCAGGAACUCUCUUCCACAACCUCGACAACUACCACUACCACGGUUACCACCAAUACCACUACUACAAUUACAAGUGGUUUCAACCUGUACUUCAAGCCACCAUCAGCUUGGGCUAAUGACACUGGCUUAAUCAAUGUGGCUUCUCUACCAUCUACCAUGACUGUAAACUCAGUAGUAACUCCUGUGAUGACAUAUGGUCGCCUGGAAAGUAUGGUGGACAAGUGGCACCUUCAUCUACGAAACCAAGAAAAACACUUUCUUUAUCAGGCCAACCAAGUCAAUUCUUGGAACCAUGCAUUGACUGAGAACAGAGAUGAGAUUACUCUUCUACGUCACGAAGUGGAAAAAGUGAAGCUGGACCAGAGCAGGUUGGAACGAGAAUUGGAUUUUAUCCUGGCACAGCAGAAGGAACUAGAACAUCUGUUGACUCCUUUAGAGGAGUUUGUGAAGAAACAGAAUGGGCCUUUUAAUCUGCUGUAUGUUGAUAAAGAGUAUGAGAAAAUCUACAAGUUAGCAGAAACUAUAGAUGCUGAGCUGAAAAGAAUGUCUCAAGAUCUCAAGGACAUUAUUGGUCACCUGAAUUCACUUGGAAGUCCUGGUGAUGCUGCUGAACCAUUUCAGGUUCAACAGAUUUGCAAACUUCUGAAUGCUCAUAUGGACUCUCUGCAGUGGAUCAGUCAGAAUUCAGGCAUAAUGCAGAAGAAGGUGAAAGAGGUCGCAAAGGCUUUUGAGGAGUAUCAUUGCAAGGAGCAGGAGUGCAAUAUGAAGUUUGCCUUUGAAUAACUAUCACCCUGACCCAUUCCAUUUGGAUUAUUCAUCAACCCUGAAUUCUGAUGAUAUUAAAUAAGAGUAGUGUUUAUA